UUUCACCUCUUGCCUCCUGCUACCAUCUCUGCAACAGUCUGCAUUGCUUUCUGCUCACGCUGCAUCAUGAUGCAUGUGGGCUGCGUCUGGGGUCUCGCCUUGUUCCUGUGCCUGGCUUUGGGAUGGACGAAGGCUCAGCAGACGAAUUACACCAGGCCUGUGUUCUACUGUGGGGGUGACCUGGUGGCGGAGUCGGGCUUCGUCGGCAGCGAGGGCUUCCCGAGCUUCUACAAACCCAACAGUAAAUGCACCUGGCGCAUCACAGUCCCAGAGGGAAACGUGGUCACGCUCUCCUUCCGCAUUUUUGACCUGGAGGCUGACUCACAGUGCCGCUACGACUAUCUGGAUGUUUACAACGGCCAUUCCAACUUGGUGCAGAAACUGGGUCGCUUUUGUGGAACUUUCCGGCCCGGCGCUCUGAUUUCUACCACAAACACCAUGAUGCUGGAGAUGGUGACGGACGGAGAGACGCAGAGCAGAGGAUUUGUGGCCUAUUUCAGCGGAACCAAACCCUAUGUAGAUGACCAGCAGUUCUGUGGGGGGAAGAUAACAAAAGCCCAGGGAGAGAUCAAGACGCCCAACUGGCCCGACAAGAAGUAUCCACCAGGCAUCAGCUGCUCCUGGCUGAUCACCGUGGAGCCCGAUACGAUAAUCCAGCUGAAGUUUGAUAAGUUCGUCCUGGAGGCCGACACCUACUGUCGCUUUGACUACGUCGCGUUCUUCAACGGUGGAGAGAAAGAUGAUUCACGUCUGAUCGGGAGAUUCUGUGGCGAUGAGGCCCCGCAACCCAUUAUCACCACCGGCAACGUGCUCCUGGUCCAGUUUGUGUCCGACCUCAGCGUGACGUCUGACGGGUUCCUCGCCCACUACACCAGCGUCCCACGUGGCACUGAUUUAACAAGAGUCGACUCCGGAGCCGGAACGAGGUCCAUCCCCUCAAGACCUGCAGUCAGACCCGCGGCACCGAGACAUCCCGCCACUGCGCAGCCGCCCGUCGCCACCCCCAAAUACGUGCCACCUCCUGCCCCUGAACCCACAGUCAGAGCCAGACCGGUGAAACCCACGAGAGGCCGCGGGCAGGUCACCCCGAACCAGGACAGGAGGGUUCCCGUCACAAGGCCGAACGGAAAGAGGCCUGUUCCUCAGAAUCCGCUGUGUGCCAAAGCCUGUAAAAGAGAUGGAACCAUCAAGACCAGCUUCUGUGCCAGUGAAUUCGUGAUAACCGGGAAGGUGACCUCUCUGGCCCCGGGGCCCAGAGGCACCCUCCACAUCGGCGUCUCCCUCAUUAAGGCCUACAAACAGGGUCGAUUAACCAUCGCGCAAGCCGGAGAAACCAUGUCGGUGAGGCUGGUGUCACAGUGCAAGAAGUGUCCGUUGCUCCGCAGAGGCGUCAACUACAUCCUCAUGGGUCAGGUGGAUGAAGACGGGCGCGGCACCAUGGAACCGGGUGCAUUCACAGCUCCAUACAAAGCCCCACACCACAAACUACUAAUGAACAUCAACAACCAACCCUGCUAACCUCACACAUCUGUCCAGGCCGCGGAAAUCAAAUCCACAUAUCAAACACACAGACAUUUGUUUUUAAUGUGAACUAUUAAAGCACUACGACACUAAAACAUAACUCCAGUUUUAUUCUAAAGGACUCCAGUCACAUUGUUUUAUCCAGACACCUGCCAAACCUUACGUUUGUAAUUUAUAUAUGAAUAAAGGUUUUAUAUCUCUUUCAAA